AUGGCGGAAAACAGCAAAAGCACAGAAACAUUGUCGGAUAUUGAAAAGAAGAUAAGUUCGACUUUUAAAAUGUUUGACUGCUUGUCCAACAACACGGUGGACGUUCGUGAGAUUGGCACCAUCAUCUAUUCACUGGGACGCCACCCCAGUCAGGCAGACAUACACGCCUUCAUAGCUGAGGUGGAAGAGGAUCAUUUAGGAUAUGUUCAUUUGGACAAGUUCCUGCCAGCCAUGACCAAAAUACUAUUGGAAAACAAGUUUCUUCCUGACCAUGAGGACCGUCUUCUUCAGGCUUUUGAGGUUCUGGACAAAGAAAAGAAAGGAUACCUAGAGCCUAAAGAGUUGACAAAUUACAUGACACAGGAAGGUGAACCCUUCACCAACGAGGAGAUGAAGGAGAUGCUAACUGCGCAUGCUGAUCGCAAAAUGAACCGUGUAUACUAUUACAAGAUGAUCAGCAAAUACAGACCGUGA